GAGAGACCCGGUCUCUCGGUCUUGGCGUCCGCGUCGUCCCGCUUCGCGCGUCCGUGUAUCCUCUCUCUUUGGCGUCGCGAGUCGAGUGUGGGGACGUCGGUCACCUCGUUGCAUCGCUCGAUCAGCUGCGAGCCGGACUGCCUCGAGAGACAGAGAUAGAGAUAGAGAUAGAGAGAGAGAGAGAGAGAGAGAGAGAGAGAGGGCGACCGAUCUUCCGGAGCGAAUACACGUCAACACAUUGUUCGCGCGAGAUCGUCGAUAACGCGCCUCUGUGUAUUUUUUUUCUUCUCUUCUUUCGUGACCACGGCUUCCCAAGUUGCACGGUGAGGACUCGGAGCGGUUCGAUCGUCUCCGUUAGACCGAUGAUAAUCGUCGGAGAAGCAACUCGCGUCCGGUUCGCUCGCUCGCUCGCUCUCUCGCUCCGACACGUGCUACCUUCGAGGAAUCGAUACUGGACGCCGGGCCGCCAAAACACUCGCUUAUCGCUAAUAUUGUCGAGCGAGACCGAGAGAACGCGGCGAGGUACGCACGCUGUCACGACGAGAUAAACAUACGCGUGGAUAACGCGCGCCGUCGAGGGUUAUCGUGAACCUCGUUUUCGUCGGAAUUUCUCGUCGCCUGAUCGAGCACGCUACGCACACGAGAAGAUUGGCGGGAAGAGAAGAUUAUAGAGCGCCGAAAUUUCGCGUCCGACCAAAAUAACGGCGGACCGAUAACACGAGAGAUAAAGAAAGAGAGAGAGAGAGAGAGAGACAGAGAGAAACUGGUGCGUAUAUAGAUCGUAGCCCUCCUCCGUUUCCUUCCUCGUUCCUCCCGGCCCUUCUAGUCCUGUCAAAUGGUCGAGAGCAAGCAUCACCGGCGAACGAUGGACGACAACGUUUCGGGGAACUCGAGCGCCGUCCUCGAGGAGAUCUUCUACGUGACGUCUAGGAGGAACACGUACUACAAGGUGCGGCUUACGGAGAAGGGCCUGAGCCUGCACAAGGAGCACAACGGCACCGCCAAGACGGAGACUAUCGCCCUGGGCGACAUAAUCGGCUGCAGAUGCAUGCGCUCGAAGCGCAGGAACGCCGGAAGCUGCGCCUGUCGACCGGGUGCGUCCAGGUCCCAGCUCAAGCUCGUCGAGUCCGCCGAGAUUCAUCAGUCACAGUACGACGAGCACGACACCUCGGCCUACCUGUACAUAUACGCCUACACGCUCAAGAAGACGCGCAUGAAGGGCGCGAUGAGACGCGAACGGAUGACCAUCACCCUGCGCUUCCGCAGCUUCGACAAGUACGAGGACAAUCUUCGCGAGGCGAGUAGGUGGCGGCUGGCGAUCAAGUGCCUGGUCGCCAACGUGCCGGUGCCCAAGAACCUGAUGAGUCCCAGCCACGGGAAUCUGGAAACACUGAUAGGUGCAUGUCCGGGGGAGAAUCGGAAACUGUUGGUCCUGUUGAAUCCGAAGUCAGGACCCGGCAGGGGCAGGGAAACUUUCCAGAAGAGGAUCCAUCCGAUCCUGUCGGAGGCGGAGAGACCUUACGAGAUUCACAUCACCAAGUGUCCCAAUUACGCCCGCGAGUUUGUACGCACGAGGGACAUUUAUCAAUGGUGCGGUUUGCUGAUGGUCGGCGGUGACGGGAUCGUCUUCGAAGUGGUGAACGGAAUCUUCCAGAGACCCGAUUGGGAGAAGGCUUUGCGCGAGUUGCCGCUCGGAGUGAUACCAUGCGGUUCCGGCAACGGGUUAGCGAAGUCCAUCGCUUAUGCUAGGGAAGAACCUUACGAUCGUAAUCCGUUGCUUAUCAGCGCGUUAUCGGCAGUCAAAUGUAAAAAAACGCCCAUGGACCUCGUGCGUGUAGAAACCAGAAAUCAGAUCCUUUUUUCGUUUCUAUCGGUCGGCUGGGGUUUGCUGGCCGAUAUUGACAUCGAGAGCGAACGGUUGCGCGCCAUCGGAGGACAAAGAUUCACCGUAUGGAGCGUAGCGCGCCUAAUAGGACUAAGAACGUAUAAGGGCAAGGUAUCAUAUUUACCUUGCAACAAGGUUCCUCCGUUGGAAAAUGGCAAGAUGUACUGCAAGGACUAUCCUGCGGAGAAUAUAUUAUCGCAUUCGAGAAGUUACGGCGACGAAUUGGACAGGUACUGUACCACACCAGAAUCAAAGAGUUUUUACGAUGCCUUCGGUGAAUCAUCCAAUGAGUUAAACGGUGAUAACGAUGUGAUAACUGAGAAUUUGGCUCUCGAGACACAAAUCGAUAGAAGAAACAGAUUAGGCAGCUUUUAUUCCGCAAUAUCGGCAAAGUCGACCUAUUUUAGCACAGGCUCGGCUAAUUCGAGUUAUCACAGCAUCGGCGAGAAUGAUAGCGCGGAGAUUGAUACAGAAAACAUUUCCAAGAACCAAGUUAUGUAUGGGCCGCCGUCUACGCUUCCAGCAUUAACAUCGCAACUCUCGGAUUCCUGGACGACGAUGCAAGGGGAAUUUAUAAUGGUACACGCGGCCUAUCAAACUCAUUUAGGACAGGAUUAUUUUUUUGCACCACGUGCUAGGUUGGCAGACGGAGUUAUUUGGCUUUUGAUAGUUAAAGCCGGCAUUACACGGUCUAAUUUGGUGCAAGUCUGAGUAGCGGAACUCAUGUGACUUGUCCUGGCGUCGAUAUGAUACCAGUGAAAGCAUUCCGGAUAGAACCUAUAGAAGGAACAAAUGGACACAUAACCGUAGACGGCGAAGAAGUUGAUUAUGGGCCGUUACAAGCUGAGAUAUUUCCUUCUCUAGCAUCAGUAAUGACACCCUGACAUAAACAA